AGUCCGUCGUCUGAUCUUGUCCCAGUGAUUUCUAGUGAUUUUUGGGCUUGGUUCUCCUGAUUAGUUUGAUCCUUACACAAGUGUUAACAUGAAGAUCCUAGUGGUCCUGGCUUACGUGGCCGUUGCUUCGGCUCGACCGGAAGCUCCCCUGCAUCAUGGCAGCGGAUACAACUAUCCGGCCCCGCAACCGAUUGCACAUGCCGCGGCAGCGGGCUCAGCUGUAGCAUUCGGCGGCGGUGGUGGUCAUGGCCACGGCGGUUAUGCCGGUGGGCAUGGAGCUGCUCAUGCCAGCUCCCAUGGAGUCGCUCAUGCUGCUGCUCCUGCUCCUAUUUACCAUCAGCCGGCUCCGGUCUAUCAGCAACCUCAAGCUCAAGCUUUCAGCCAGUCGGGAUCCUCGGCUAGCAGCUUCGGUCAGGGUGCCAGCUUCGGCCAGGCUGCCGGAUUCGCUUCGUCCUUCUCGGCCGGAUCGGCCCAGGCUUUCGCCGCCCCCCAACAGGCCAUAGUCCAGAAGCACAUCUACGUGCACGUCCCACCAGCAGAGCCCGAACUCCCUGCCUCGCCUCAGUUCAUCAGCCAGGGCCCUCCGCGCAAGCACUACAAGAUCAUCUUCAUCAAGACACCGAACGUGCAGCCAUCGGCCGCCCAGAUCGCCCUGCAGCAGGCCCAACAACAGGAGAAGACCAUCGUUUACGUUCUGGUCAAGAAACCCGAUGACCAGCAGGAGCUGAACAUCCCACAGAUCGCCGCCGCCCCACCAAGCAAACCGGAAGUCUACUUCAUCAAGUACAAGGCCAACAAGGCCGCCGUCGGUGGAGCCGGUGGUCUUGCUUCCGGCAUUGCCUCGGCCAGUUCCAGCUCGAGCGCCUCGGCCAGCAGUAGCGGCUUCGAUGCCGCCAUCGGAUCGUCCGCCGCCUCGGCAGCCGCCCAUUCCCACGCUGGUAGCAUCACGACGCAAUACGGUGCCCCAGGUGGUCACCCCGGAUAUCCAUAAGCGAUCCCCGCUCGAAGCCGGGAGGAGAUUGGCGAAGGUGCAAAUUUUCCUGCACCCAACACAUCUCCCCCUCACAUCCACCCACUAGUUAUUCUAGAUGAGCGCGCUGUGUUUAUCGAUGAUUUACGAUGAAAAUGAUGAUGACAACUCUGGAUGAGAAGAUAUACCUCCGUAUUCUGCUUUAAAACUAGUCUAAAAAAAAUUAAUAAAAACAAACAAAUUCGACGUUACCGGUGCCGAGUAGACCCACCGCCAAUCAGCUCUAAACGAACAGCGAAGCGGAUCACACCGAAACAAAUGACAGAUGAUGCGGUAAAGGUGACAUUUGAAUCUAAUCAAUUACUGCCUUCGGAAAACCCGGUAGCCAUUUUCCUUUUCUUAACGGUGACAAGAGAAAGAUGGCUCCAGGGUUUUUUUUUCAAACCCGCGGUGCUACCUGGAAGCGUGAAGACUAAAAACAUAAACUGAUUUAUUUAACUACUCAGAAAAGACGCUGACAUUUUUUCGCCUUUAAGUUAUUGAAGGAAAGUUUGUGGAGUGAAAAUUGACACACAAAAGUAUGCAGAUUGGGGCUCGAAGCAUCCCUCCUCCCCCCAAAUAGCUGUUAAGAGACUAGAUGAAAACGAUGAGAGAGAGAAUGAUACAAACUGUUGUUUAUAUUUAAGAAAUUUGUGUAAGUAAACAAGAAAGUAAAAAAUAAAAAUAAAUAAAAGAAUGAUUUUACAAAGACAA